CUGGCUGCGGUCACACUGCAAAGUCUCUGGCAAUAGCUACAUUUUAAACGCUUUAGUCUGUUUUUAGUAACCCUAAUGUGCAAAAAUGUGAACGCGCUUCAAUGUUCCCGCGACAGUUAAACAAAUAAUAAAGGACACAAGCCAACAAAAAGUGUAGACCAAACCAUAUACACAUAUACACAUACUUACACAUUUAGUCUAAAUUUGAUUUGUUGAGCCAUUGCAUUUGAAAUCGCCGAAAAAAUGUAAAUGCCACACGCAAAGAGGCGCAAACAAGUUUUUGUAAAAAGCUACAAAAAGGAGUGUAAAUGAAUUAAUGUGCGUGUGCAAAUAAAAAAAAACUAAUAAAUAUAAACAAACGAUUGUAACAAAUUGAUUGAGAAAAAAAGGAAACAAAUUAUAGUCGAGUUACCAUGUUGCAUAAAAUUGAUGAAAAUGCCGCGCCAACUGUAACAUCAACACCAACAACAACAACAACAAGUACAACAAUUAUGGCCCCGGCAGAAACAACUGGCAAUGGAACGGAGCCAACAAUUUCAACGCACCUUGCAAAUGCGACGGCAACAAUAGAACCAACAACAACAGCAACAACAACAUCAGCGGCGGCUGUUGCCACGGAACAAGAAACAGUCACUGCGGUUGUUGUAGCUGCUGCCGCCGCCGCCGCUGCUGUCGUCGUCGCAGCAGCAGCUGCUGAGGGUCAAGCAACAGAAACAACAAUGACAGUGACAGCCAACAAUACACCGACGCCAUUGCCGCUGUCAGCUGCGGCAGAGCACACUGAAUUAGCGACAACAGCUGAUGUCGCUGUCGCUGCCGCUGCCGCUACCUCUGCCGCUGCCGCUACCUCUGCCGCGAGCUGUGCCAGCGAGCACCAGCCUGAGGCAGAGCCAGAGCCAGCAGCAUUCGAUGUUCAGAUGCGUACGCAGCAACAACAGAAAAUAAGAAUUUAUCACGGCGCCAAACAGAGCGCAGUAUGGAGAACCGAUUCGCUCGCUUCCAAUUCGAGCUCAAACCGAAGCGACGCGGGAUCGACCGAAACUAUGGCCACCAGCAGAGCCCACAGCGGCUACUCGACAGCGCCCAGUCUAUUGCAGCGCAAAUUCUCGGACAGCUCAUUCAAUGCAGCAACGAUGCCGCGUCGCGUCUCAUUCCCGGAAAGUGAUAAGGAGCUUGUCACCGGAUAUCUUGAGCCGGCCAAUCCAUGGGAAAAAGUCUGCCAGGUGUCUAGCAUAGCUGAGAUUACCGAGCUGUAUGUGAAAUCCUGUUACAAGCAUCAUACACAGCCGCUGAAGAACAUCAUGGAACACCUGAAGGCGCUGGAUUUGCACCUGGCCCGGCAGCCGCUGCUAUCGCUGAAAGGCAUUCAGCUGACGCCCAAUGAUUGCGAGCCGCUGGAGGAGAUAUUCAUGCGGAUUCAAUACAAAGCCAUCGAUUUGUCAGAGUGCCCGUUGAACGAGAGCUGCCUGAGCGCACUCUGCCAGAUGAUUGAGUACUAUGAGGCUGCCAAUGAAUUGGAUAUCUCGUAUAACAAGGAGCAGAUGACGGUCCGUGGCUGGGGACUCUGCACACAUAUGGUGGGCCGCAGCCAGGAGCUGCAGCUGCUGAAUGCCGAGGGUAACCAGAUAUCAAAGGUGGGCGCCGAGAAUUUGGGCGCCGCGCUGAGUCUCUCCAAUCUGCAUACGCUCAAGCUGGAGCAUUGCGGCCUCAAAGGACCUCCACUCACCAAUUUUUGUAAGUGCUGCAAGCUGUACCACAACAAAAUACUGAAGGAGCUGUGGCUGGGCUACAACGAUUUGGAUUGCACCGAUGCCCAACAUAUUGCGGAUAUGCUGCGCUUUAACCACAGCAUCGAGCUGAUUGACAUUAGCAACAACAACAUACGCGACGAGGGCGCCAUGUACCUGGUGCAGGCGCUCAUCCUGCAGGCCACAGAGCUGGAGCGUCGCAGUGGCUUGCCGCUGCAGCGUGCGCGAGCCAUUGAGGACGACGAGCUGGUGUCGCCCAUGGAUACAACGGCGUCGCUGCAGUUGGCAGGCCGCAACGAGCAAGGCAGCAGCCAAAUACAGUCCGAGGCACAUGCGAUUGACAACAGCACAUCGCCAAAAGCCAUUGAAGUCCUGGAAACUGUUGUCGAGCAGCAGCCAACAUCGGCGGCGGCAGCAGCGGCGGCAGCUGAGGAGCCCAGCAGCAGUGAACCAGCCGUUGGCCUGCUGGUGGAUGUGGACAACGAUGCUGACGAUGACAAUACAGAGGAUACGGUGCGCACUCUGAGGAGCGGCAAUCAGAGUGCAACUGGGCAAUCCAUGCUGGACAAAUUGCUCUCGAUGAACAGCGACAGCAGCAGCGAGGAGGCGCCAUCCAAUAUAUCCACCGACACACUAGCCGCCUGCUGCUCCGAGGACAUUAGCGAGAACAGCAAUGAUAUUUACGAUCCUGCUGGCAAAUUGCAAUCAACAGCAGCAGCCACAUCCUCCACAGAUGAGUCUACAACGACGCUGGUCGAUCCAAUUCUGGAGCAACUAGCUCCAUCUAUCCAGCAACAGCAGCAACAGCAAAGUUCCCAAACUGAACGCAACUUAUGUGAUAUUACUCCCUCAACAGAGGCUAAAACCGUUGAACCCAAUGAAACCUGUGUACAGAAUAACAAUGCUAAUUCCCACAAUAACAACAACAACCACAACAACCACAACAACAGCAACAACCACAACCAUAAUAAUAAUCCUGUAAUACUAAACCAAAUAGCUGCAACAGUCGCCGUUAGUUCAAGCGGUGCCGCAUCCAUAUUUGAGGUGACCGCCGAGGAGAGCGACUGCAUCAAUGGGAUUGCCGGGCCGAGCGGAUCACGGCCGCUGGACAUGAAUAAGAAUGCGAAGGCUGGCGAUGAUUUCGAGGAUACGCACAGCACAGAUUCGGCAUUCGAGAGCGCCUCGGAGGGCGAUAUCAGUCGCCAUUUGCCGGAUGAGUUUAGUCGUCUGUCCGUGUCGCUGGAGAGCACACGGCUGGAUGACAUGACCAAGGAGAUUGCCAUUGAGACGGCGACCAUAGCCAGUGAGUCCACCGAGUGUCUGCUGGUGGCCGAGGAGGCAGCCACGCCCGCCUCCACGCCCACGCCAGUUGUGCACAUGCAGCCGCAGCCGCAGCUGGAGCUGGAGCCGGAGACACCCGAAGUGAUUGUGGCGACGGUGCCCAAGGUAACAAUUGAGGCCAAGGAGAAGGAACCGAGUGCCAGUCCAUGUCCCAGUCCAACACCUACACCGCCGCCGCCAUCGACAUCGCCGGGUGGCGUCAGCAGCGGCCUGCGUCGCACCGAAUCCAGCUGUGCCUAUCUCAAUCAGUCGACGCGCAAUCGCUCCCAGAGCUCGGACAGUCUGUGCAGCGAGAACUCGCUGGACGGCAGCACGAGUGCAGCCGAUCCGCAUCUGGCCGAGAAGCUGACCAAGAACGAUACGCUCUCGCGCCGUCAGCUGGUCGAUGCCACACUGGAGGCGGCGAAUCGUGCGCCCAGCGGCCUCAAGGCGCUCGCCCUGUGGAGCAACAAUCUGACCAAGGACUGCGGCCCCUGCAUUGCGGAGCUGCUCUCGCGCAGCUCCUCGCUGGAGCUGCUCAACAUUGGCAAGAACUGUUUGUCCAAUGACUUUGUGGCCACCAUCAAGGACAGCCUGACCAAGAACACAACGCUCACCACGCUCGGCCUGCAGAGCGCCCAUCUCAGCGCCAAGGGCAUCGAGACGCUCGCCUCCAUCCUGACCUUUGGCGGCAACAGCAAAUUGCAGCGCAUCGAUAUACGUGACAAUAAACUAGAGGUGGAAAGUCUGAACAUAAUUGCCGAGGUGCUCAAGUCCAACAAGACGAUCACCCAAAUUGACAUCAAUGAUGAGCCCAAGCGUCUAACGAUCGGCAGCGAUGCGCAUUUGGAUUAUACGCGAGUACUGGGCACAGUGCGCUCCAUGUGCUCGCGCAAUGAGAAAAUGCAGGCGGAGGAGCUGGAGCUGGCGGAGAAGGCGGCGAACGUGGGCGGUGGCGGCAGCAGCAGCAACAGCAACAACAACAACGCAGGCAACAGCAAUGGCGCCAUCGGGGGCAGCAUCAAGAGUCGGUGUCGCGGCGGUUACUACUUGGGCUCGCGGAAGAUUUCGCUGACGUGCCACAGCCGGCCGCUGGUGGACGCAGCGACGGGCACUGUGUCCGCUGCUCUGGCAGUAACCGCAAUGCCGACGCCGGCUGCCAAACUGGAGGUGAAGCGCAAGACGAACGCGCGUCUGCGCUCACCGGGUCCCAGUCCGCCCACGAUAUCGCCGUCCUCCUCGCCCAAUCGCAGCCGCUUUCAUGUGUCGCGCGUCAACGAGAUAAGCAGCCCGUUGACCUCGCCCCUGGCCCAGAUGCCGCCACAGCAUCCGCCGACGCCUCGCUCGGCCAGCAGCUGCAUGUCCAUACCGACGGCCCACGGCAUCAGCGGCAUUAGCGGCAUCAGCAGCAUCAGCAGCAGCAGCAGCAGCAGCAGCAAUGGUGGCAUCGGUGCCGGCGGGCUGCUGGGCAGCCAGAGCAGCCUUAAUGCCAUUGCCGUGUUGCCGCUGCCGACGUCAAGUUCGCUGCCAUCGAUGGCAUCGGUAACCUCAUCCACACAGACCGUCAAGCGGUUGUCCGUGUCGCCGCGUUCGCGCUUUCAUGUCUCGCGGAUCUACGAGGAUCCGCAGACGCCACCGAUUCACUUGCCGCCAACGCCGAUGCUCAAAUCGGCGCGCAAGGCCGCCGCCGCUCAGCUGGCUGAGGCAACAAUCACAGCAGUUGAAUCCGAACCCACAAUCUCCGCCAGCACAAUGACAACGGCGGCAACAACAACAGCGAUGCCCAUCAGCAGCGUGAUUAUUGUGGAGCCAUCACCCACCGUCGCGGACAAUGGCAAUGACAAUGACAGCGCACACCAACAAAGUACAAAUGGGUUGGAUCAGGAGGAGGCAGCUAUACAGAAGCUGUCGCCCAACUCGCCCAGCACUUCAUCCAGUUCAUGCAGCACCUCGCCCGUCUCCGUGUCCAGUGCAACAGGCAGCAGCAGCAGCAGCACCAGCAGCGGCGCCAGCAACAUCACCACCGACAACACGGAUAAUACGGAUAAUUCCGGCAGCCCGGAGGAGCCGGCUACCAUUGUUGUUGCCAAGAGCUGUCCCAUUGCCGUGUUUGGUGACAAUGACAUAACGCUCACCAAGGACUCGGCCGCCGGUGCGGCACUCUCGGCGGCUGCCUCAAUCAGCACGGAUGCCGGCAAUCCUCCCGCAGAGUCCACACCGACAGCAACUGCAACGGGACAGCAGCAGCAACAACAACAGCUACAACAACCGGCGACACGUGCACGCAAAUCCUCGUGGAUAGCCAAUCCAACGACUGUGGACAAGCUGCUCACCCUAUUCAAUCCGAGCGCCAUUUUUCAGCGCAGCUCUUCGCCGGAAUCAAAGGCAGUUCCAGCUUCAGCUGUGGCUCCGCUCACAAAUAACGCACAGAAUAUAACAACAAUAAAUACCACAACAGGCGGCAGCGGUGACGUCAACGUGACGCUGUUGGCGACACGCAAAACAACGCCGCCAUCGCGAGGCAACGGCAGCAGCAACAAUGCGACGACAGCAGCAGCAGCUGCAGGGGGAGCCGGAUCGGGAGCGGGAGCGGGAGCGGGGUCAUUGGCGACAGGAGCAUCUGGAUUGGAGACGGGCGCUGGCAGCACCUCAUUCCUGGACACAGCGUCGCGUCAGCUGCGUGACUUUGGGAAGCAGGUGUUCCGCCAGAACCUCUCGUUCAACAACAGCGGGGAUGGGGUGGGCGCUGCGUCGCAGCUGGAUGUCAAUCCCAGUGCGGUGGCCAUGGCGACAUCGCCAAUAUUGAGCAAUGUUGCCGAGUCGCCAUCGCCGCCAGAAUGCAAUGCAGUGCACAUGCCAUUGAGCCUGAAGCGUGAGCUCAAGGAGAACAUUUCGCCGGAGCAUACCAUUAACGAGGAGACGCUGCACACGCUCCAAAAGCUGACGCGCGUCGAGGAUAUGACGCUGUCGGCCGAGGCUGCUGCCGAGCUGGGCGACAUUGAGAUUGUGAUGCACAGCGAGGUGUCCGAUAUGCCAGAUGCGGAGCAGCAGCAGCAACAGCAGCAACAGACGGCGCAGCAGCAGCCGCCACAGCAGGAGGAUCUGGGGGCUGGUUUAGGUCAUUAAAUACUUAACCCAAUAAAAGCAACAAAAAUGACGUGUGCAAUUUGACAAUGUUGAGCAGGAAAGGCAGCAAUAGCAAAACCCACCUCGGCAUUAUCCCUGACUCGUUCUCCCUUCUUUAACACUCUCCCUCCCCCACUCUGUCUCUCUGUAGCCCACCCUCUGUCAAGACACUAAAAGCAAGGGUAUAUCCUUCUGCUACUCCUCAGCCCAACCCAAUCCAACCCAACCCAACUCUCUCACACACACACACACACAAAAUACUGUAACAAUAAGAAACAAGAGUACACAAGUUUUAAACAUAACUUUGUUUUAUUUUAAUAUUUUACUAUACAUAUACACACACACAUAUAUAUAUAUAUAUCUAUUUUUUUUGGUUAAAUUCUUUUUAAGUUUUAUAUACGUAUAUACCUAAUUAUACAAAAUAUAUAUCUAUAUAUAUAUACAUAUAUAUUUUAACUAUGAUAUCAUAUGGCAUGUGAAAGCUGCAAAAACUUUAAAUGAAAUAUGAAAACAACUACUUAAAUGUAUGUAAAUUAGGCCAGCAAAUUAGGCUAAAAACAAAAAAUCAACUAUAUAAUUAUAUAAAGUUUCGGGCAACUUGAGUUUGAUUGAUUUUGGCAUUUGAAAAGUUGUAUUCUUGAUAAUUGUUAAUUUUGUACUUACCCCCUAACAUUUAACACAGAAACCAAAAAAGAUUGUUACGCAUACUUAAGUUCAACCAGGAACACAUUCAAUUAUGUUUGCAUAUAUAAGAUAUAAUGAAAUGACAAGCAUUAUAAUAAUAAAUAAACCUCGACAAAUGGCAAGCAAUUACUUAUAGAGCAUGUAUACUUACACUUUAUAACAAGACUUGUGCUGUUUGGCCUGCCACAGGCUGCGCCUAAUCAUGCCAUUUGCCUGGAUAUAUAUAUAUACCAGCAUAUAUGCGAAAAUUGGUUUAUUGAGAAAUCGGUUUGCUCGAAAUACUAUAAUUGAAUGAUAAACCCACCAGUCAAUCAGUAGGCAAUGUUAAGUUCAAAUGACAUCGUACAUUCUUACAAAUAUAUAUAUAUAUUUCACGAAGAAAGUAUAGAAAAAAAAAACAAAAACAAACAAAAACCCAAAAUAAAUCCAAUUGAUCUCAUUAUGUGAUAUUUGUCGUAGUGCCCAAA